AUGAAAGGGAAAGGGGCGUGGCCAGACCGCCGCGGGCGGCAGGGGACAGAUUCCGAAUACCUGGCGGGCCUGAGGGGUCGCUCUCCCUCUCCCGCCCUGGACCUUCCUCCACCCCAUACUCCCCCUAGACGGGGGCCCCGGACCCCAGGGCUCCGAAGGACUCAACCAGGACUUUCCAAAAGUUGCCGCGGGGCCUUCCAAUCCCCUCGGCCAUCUCCCAGGUUUGGCCAGGCUGAUGGGACCAGCGAGGAUUCUCUGCACCUUGACAUUCGGAAACUGAAGGAGAAGAGGGACCUGCUGGACAAGGAGAUCGCCCAAUUAAUAUCUGAAGGCUACAGUGUGGAUGAACUGGAGGACCACAUAUCCCAGCUCCACGAGUACAACGACAUCAAGGAUGUAGGCCAGAUGCUGCUAGGCAAACUAGCCGUGAUCCGAGGUGUCACCACCAAAGAAUUAUAUCCAGAAUUUGGCCUGGAUAUGAAUGACUGAGCCAAGGCUCACAGCCCUUUGUCCGCAGCCCAGUGGGACAGGCGGAUUUGAACAUGAGAGGCAGUGAGAGUCCAACCACCACACCCACAGGCUUCCCAGCAAGGAAACACCAGAAGCCCUUUUCUAGAGAGCUCAGUCUGAGUCCGGAGGGAGCCCAGAAAAGAGACAGACAGCGAGGAAGAGCUGUUCCCUGCUCCAAGUUUCCUGAAAUGUCCCAGUGAUAUCUAGGUGUGUGUGUGCGUCUCCUGUUUGUAAAUAAACAUACACGCAAUCUUGG